AAAAGUCACGUAGCCAGAGAUUUAUAUCUACAAAGAAAGGUCCUCUUUGCCAACCUGUCCGAGAUCCUGCACUGUGGGACUGCCCUAUAUAUUGGAGCCUUUGCCCACGAGGAAGUAUCUUAGGGAGUCAGGCACUGGUUGUGUUUCAAGAACCCCUAUUUGCCAGGAACGGCACCCAGGUAAAACUAGAAUGUAGUAAUGCACCCUGAGCACAGACUGCUUCCUUCUCCCUGGCCCUAGUGAUGCAUCUGGGAGGCAUCACUGAGCCCUAGCGAGAGAAGAAUUACAGUUUCAACAUUUUGAACAGUGGCAGUGCUGGAGCCACAGGGGGAGGGCAGCCACAGCCACAGACAGAGGGAGGCAAAGCAAGUUUGUGCAUCUGAUGACAUACCUCUGGGGGAAACUUAGAACUGUAGGAGAGGCCCCACCAGAGCAAUUGGAAUCCUAAGUUAAUGAUUACAGUGAAGCAGAAUAAGGCCAAAAACAAGAGGACUCUGGUGAAACCGAAAAUGAGGUGGAGAGAGAAUUCCGCACCGUAGGAAAUUCAGUGAGAGAGAGGCUCAGGUUCUGUUGGUGAAACACUGAGUUUGGACUGACCGGCCAGUGGUAAGCCAAGAGAAGAAGGUUCUGAAAUAUUCUGGAGCACUUGAUAUCAUGCGAAGGGAAUUUUGAAUUACAAAUAGAAGAAAAUGGGAGAGCAAGGCAGUUUUGAGGAGGGGUAGGUUUACGAUAUUUACAUGGACUAUUUCGAUUUGCUACAGUGUUUCACAGAAGGGAUCUAUAGAAGCUGGCACGACCGCUGGGAUUUAUGAGGUGGGUGGAGCAGGGAGCUUGGCGAGGCCCAGAUGUGGCUUCCAGACCUGGCAGAGAGCGGAGGUAUGCAAAUGUGGUGGUUGCGGACAUCGGGCAGCGGAGUAGCCCAGGUGCCCAACAGUUGCUGAGCGCUCCCAGGUGGGUCUGGAAAGACAUUUGCUCAGAAGUGAGCUGGGCUCCCAGAAGCGCUCUAAUUUCUUCAGAUCAUCUGAUAGCAGUCUCUGAUGUUUACCUUCAGGGAGAUCAGGCCAUUGUGAUUUUUUUUUUUUUUUCUGUAAUAAAACUAGCCCCAGCCAGCCAGACUGGGAACUUACUGCCUGAGCUGUUUUCCAACAUGGUUUUGCUGGCAAAACUAGACAAGAGUGUUUCCUUGACUCUCAAGGGGCCUGUUUACACUGACUUUAUUUUUUACUGCCAGUUUUCAAGUGGGAAGAGGGAGAUUAUAUUUAAAGGUCAGCAGAUGACAAGCGAAUGCUCCCAAUUUGGAUAUGAGAGCUGAAGGGAAGAAUUGGGAAGGGAAGUCUCUGGUUCAUGUACACAUUCCCAAGGAAAUUUAGCACUGAGACUGACAUUCCUGGGAAACCAAUUUGCAACUGUUGUCCUCCACUGAGGGACAAACCACAACAUUGCUGCUCUACUAAGGACUGACCGAGAAACCAUGAAAUCCCCGUCUGCAGGAGACUUGGAAGACUACCUACUGAAUAAGAUCUUGCCCAGCAAGUCCUAACGUUAGCACCUCUGUUGUUACCUUUGGAGGGCCGAGGCAUGGAGAACAUCUUACAACGAAGCCCACUGGUAUCCCACAGCCUCGGGAACCCCCCACAGCUGAGUCUUGGGACCUCCUGGAAAUCUUCACAUACAUGCCUGAACAGCCUCCAUUUCUUAGAGAUGUGAUCUCCAAAGUCUGUCACCCUGAAGUCCCCUACGUUCCCUUCUCCACCUUACAGAACAUUGCCUUGUCUCCUAUGCUGUAAAGAAAAUAGUCAUCAGACAGGAAAUGUCUCCCAUUCCUUCACUCCCUACCUUUUAUCUGUGUUUGCACCUGUCUUUCUUUCCUUCUGAUGCACCAAGGUGAAGUGCUCACCAGGUUUCUGGAUUUGCAAGCCCCUCUGGCUGGGAAAUUUUUACUCCACGGCUUCGCUCUCUGCUGCCUCUUCCUUCCGGCUCCUUUCUCUCUGCAUUUAGACAUGUUCAAACCUGUGUGUCAUUUUGAAAAAACCUGUUGGUGUCCCUGUUUUGUUUUACCCCUCCCCUGGCCAGACUUCCUGGAAGAGUUGCUUACCUUGUUACUUGCUUGCCUCACACUUAGUCUUAACCCACUUCAAUCUGGCUUAAUGCCCACCCCUUCCCCGAACACAUUGAUCCUGUUCUAGUUGCCAAACAUGGUGAACAUUUUUCAGGCCCUAUCUUGCUUGGCCCCUUACUGUUGACUUUGUUCUUGAAAUUCUUCUUCCUUUAUUCUCAAGACCUCUUGCUGCUUAUUCUCCCAUUUCACCAUCCUCCUCCAAGGCAAUCCCUUCUCCAACAAUACAGGAGCCAUUGUAGUUCUUCCCUUGUGCUCCUCAUACUAGAUAUCUGCCAUUUUCUCUUUCUAGAACAACCUUCACACCCUUCUCUUUCCAGCUAACUCCUACUCAUCUUUCAAGAUACAACACCACUACACUAUGCCUCCAGAAAGGGCCCCCAGCCUCCAAUACUAGAUGAAAUUUCCCUUUUCUGUGUACCCAUAGUAUCCUGUGCAAACCUCUACCCAGCACUAGAUUGCUGUGACUUUAAUUUCCAGUUUAUUUGUCUUGCUUUGUCUGUAAACCUCUUGACACGUACGCACAGUGUUCAACAAAAUGGGUUGAAUGGAGUUGAAUCACAACACAAAGAAUUUCUACACUGCUGAGGACCCUUCAUCAUGGGCUGCUAAACACGUUCUCCUUUAUGUUUGGCAUGGCAAAUGAUCUAUCCUCUCUGUGACCACCUUUCCUCUUCCACCUGGACACUCUGGAAGAUGCAGAAUCUUGAUAGUUUGCAGAUGUUCAAGGUGGACUUGAGGCGCCAGCAGAUCUCGCAGAUUGUGGAGGAGGUACAGAGGGUCGUCCACCAUCUGACCACAGAGAUCAGCCUCCAAGACCUCCGAUUUCAGGCCGUCCCUUACUCUGACACAUACAAUGGGAACAUUAAGCAUAGUGUGUGGCCCAUGGCGGACACCCAGCUUCAGUGAAUAAAUGGAUAAGCAGAAGAAAUAGCACCCGAACAGAAGACCAUUACUGGUCCAGGACGUUUCAAGGUUGUUGGCCACAAGGACCACCCACAAGAUUCUGGAACCUGUGGAUUUGGGAAGUCAUGUGGAUCCAUCAUCUAAAGGAUCACACUGUUGAUCUCUGAGAAUGAGACGGAGUUUGCUGCUCACCCCCGAACUGCCCAGUGACAGGGCCCUGAGCAAAGGUUAACCAAAUACCGCUGUCAGAACUUUCCAUGAAAGGGAGGUGGCUCUUCCAGUGUGCAGCUGACUGGUGGGGGAAGGUUUUGGCCCCCUGCCAGUUCCUCGUCACGGUCCCGGUAAAGGGCCUGGUGGGGUACAGGGAGGCCAGGGAGCAGCGCUGGCGAUACUACACCCUGCGGGGCACCAGGCUCCCCUGUCCCUUGCAGGACCCAGAGGGCCUGCGGCAGUGGCUGGAGGCGGAGCAGUUCAUGAAGAGCCAGUGGCAGUGGCAUGAGGCAGACGUGAACAUUGAGGGAGAUAUUGUGCCCGCCAAGGUGCUCCAGGUAUUCCGGAAGCUGGUAGAAAACGCAAUUGGAACCUGUCAUCUCUCAGGUAAGGUCAGCAUGCUGACGCAGCUCUCCGCAGUUUGGGUUGCCAUGGAAACCUCCACAUGUCAGGUGGAGCUAGAGCUGGUCCCCACGGUGGAGAUCCCUACCGUCUGGCCCGAGAAAGCUCGCUGGCCUCCCUGUCUGAAGCGCUGGCCUUCCCGACAACGAGUGGAGUGUAUCAAGUCGUUUGGGUUUGCCUUGUUGGCCUGUUCAAAUUAUCACUGGCAGCAGAGUUUCCUGCAGGCUGAGCAGGUACUGCUAGACCAGCUGGAUGAGGACGGGGGCUGCCGCAGGAAGUGCUUCCAGGCCCUGAGGCAGAUGAAGGAGGACGUCUGGUGUCCGGGAAAGAGGCCUGUCAUCACGUCCCACCAUCUGCAGACGGUGCUCUUUUGGACUUGUGAGAAAUACCCCCACCCGAAGGAGUGGCAGGUGUUCAGCAAAGCGUUCCUGCGCCUGGUGAGGAAGCUGCACAAGUGUGUGAGCCAGCACUUUCUGAAGCACUAUUUCGUGCGCAAGAGCAACCUGCUCCAGCAUGCCAGCUCGGGCGAACUGGACACCGUGGCCCAGAAGCUGGCUCUCUUCCUGAAGAACCCCCAGAUCGGCCUGCCCUGACGCUGCCCCUGCCUGGGGGGCUCUUGGACGCUUUAUCCUGGCUCGACCUCGUUCCCUGGAGGAUCCUGCUCAGGAGAGAAGCAACGUGUGGCACAGGAGAUGACAUUGGCCCACUAGCACUUAAGGGGGGAACACUGUACCCCAACAUGUCCAAUCUCAGCUUCCCUAGAGCCAAGCAAGCAUUUCAGCCCUCACGAGCUACCUCUCUCGGGGACAAGCUGUCAUCAGGCUUCCCCAAGCCAUCGAUUCCGAGCUGAUGACAGCACUGGAUGUGUUCUCCUCGCUCGGGCUCUGAGUGUCUGCCGGGGAGGAUGGAGACAAGAACCCCUGGGGGGCCAGGCAUCGGCCUGCGGCCCAGGACUGGUGCUCCAGCCCACUGACGGUGGGCUCAUUACCUUUCCACUCGCAAAUGCAGCUGUGAAUGUGCCUUUCUGAGCCUGCGGGACUAUGCUGGUGCCCUUACUAGAGGAGGGCACUGGGUCAACACAAAGUGUUAGUCAUUGGUUGGUAGCCGGCGUUUGCCUGCUGGAUCGGCACCAACACCGCUGACGGGGUGAUUGUGUCUGAUCGGUGGGCAUGCCUGCCCUGGCCUUCCUGCCCUCAGUUCUCCUGAACCGUACUUCGGGUCGUGUGGUUCUAGCUGCUUCCCUGGUGUUCUCUAAGAGGGGAGAGGGUGAUUUUGAUGGCCAGUGCCGGCCAGAGGUGAAAGUUCAGCCCUGCUUGCCAGUCUGCUCCGGCCAUUCCCCUUUUCUUGUGCCCGAUGUUUUAUAUUCUUAGAAUGGGCCCAGGAUGAUGACCUCCAAGAAAUGGCUUGGUGUCACCCACCUCUCAA